AUGGGAUCAAUUUAUUUUCAAGAUAAAUUUAGUGCAUACGCCGAGUUACGUAUAAAAGGAAUUGAUAAAUCAUUUUGGAUACAUAGAGAAUAUUUAGAGUUACAAUCCAUUUUCUUUAAUCAAGUUCUUGAGCAAGUUGGACAAGGUGAUAUUAUACUUAUUUCCUUACCUUCUCCUGCGACUUUUGAGCCAAUCUUGGAAUUUUUGUACACCGGUAAUGAUGAUAAAUUGUAUGAUUUAUUAGAUUUGGACAAUUACUAUGAUUUUUGGCAAAAUAUUGACUAUUUGGGAUUAGGAAAUGAUGUUAGAGCUAUCAUUUUCUCUUUCAUUCAAAAUGAAGUUGAAAUUUAA